CAGCAGGCGAGGUUAUGCACCACCAGAUUCCACACAGCUCCAAGCCAAACCAGCCAGAGUUGAAGGUCAGUCUCCGCUACCCACUUGUCUGCAGCUUCUUGUAUGCGUCUCCAUUUCUUCUUCUUCUUGCUCUCUCCACGCCUCGAGCACGUACAUAAAUUCCAUUGCCCACUUGCCAUUCUCGUAGAAAAGCAGCUCCCCUGCACCCUCCUAAUCCCAACUAGUGUAUUUGUACUGUGAGUAUGCCGCACGCUGGUGAUUAGCUAACUUUACCCAUCUUCAGCUUUGGUGAAGAGGCACAGAGAGAGAGAGAGAGAGAGAGAGAGAGAGAGAGAGAGAGGGGAGAAGUAGAGAGAGAAAGAGAGGGACUUGCAGAAGCUGAACGCAGACUUGUGGGACAGAGCCCAUUCCCAAGCUCUGGAAAUGGCACUACAACAAGCAAGUAUUCUUCAAGUUCCGUUUUGCACUCUGAAAGGCAGCAGAACAAUUUCUACUUUACUUUCUAGCUUCAAGACUCCAUUGAAGAAUACAGAGAGAUGGUUUAGUGUCUCCUCAAAUAUUCUGCAGGCACAUCAGCGGGGUACGUAUAUGAAAAGCAUUGUCGUUGGAGCUUCUAAAACGUCUCAUAAUCCCAAAUUUGUUGGUGGAAAGAAAGAGCAAGAUGAUGAUAGUAGUGAUUCUGAGUACGAGGAGCAAGAUGAUGAGGCGAAGGACAAUGACCCUCACCUCAUGGAUUCUGAAGAGAGGCAAGAGUGGAGAAGGAAAAUUAGAGAAGUGAUCAAUAAAUAUCCUGAUGUUGAGGAGGAGAUAGACCUUGACGAGAGGAGGAGGAAGAUGCAGAAGCUCCUGGCUGAUUAUCCCCUCGUUGUGGAGGAGGAUGAUCCUGAUUGGCCUGAUGAUGCUGAUGGUCGGGGUUUCAAUUUGGACCAAUUCUUCAACAAAAUCACCAUAAAGAACGUUAGGAAGGAAGAUGAUGAAAAUUAUGACAGCGAAAAUGAAAUUGUGUGGCAAGAUGAUAAUUAUAUCCGCCCCAUCAAAGAUAUCACUACUGCUGAAUGGGAGGAAGCCGUUUUCAAGGAUAUUAGUCCUUUGAUUGUUCUUGUACAUAACCGCUACAAGAGGCCAAAAGAGAAUGAAAAGAUCAGGGAUGAAUUGGAGAAAGCCGUGCACAUAAUUUGGAACUGCAGACUACCUUCACCAAGAUGUGUUGCAGUUGACGCUAUUAAGGAGCCUGAGUUGGUAUCUGCUCUGCAAGUUUCCAUCUUUCCAGAGAUUAUCUUCACUAAAGCUGGCAAGAUUUUAUAUCGUGAAAAGGCUAUUCGAACUGCAGAUGAGUUUUCAAAGAUUAUGGCGUUCUUCUACUAUGGAGCAGCCAAGCCACCUUGUUUGAAUAGCAGUGAAGAUAGCCAGGAAACAAUUCCAUCUGUUUGAAUAUAUUGUAUAGUACAUCCAUAGUCCAGCUUAGUAAUUCUUAUUACUCUUAGCUUUUCUUGCAGUGCACGUCAUUGCAGAAGGCUGACAAUUUUGAUGUAGCACACUCGACUGUUACUGUUGGUUUACUUAUGAACAGUUUCGAUGGAAAGCAAGUAUUACAUAA